ACUCACCAAACACGUUUGUGUGCCUGACAGCAACCUAGGAUCGACCACCUUGGACGCGGCACAGCGAGGUUGCCCGGACAACAGCCAAGAUGAACCUAACGUUGAAUCCCAUCACGUUUCUGAGCGAGAUACAAGAGAUGGGGGAUCCCAGGACCAGGAACUACCCCGUAAUCAUGAACCCGCUCUUCGUCUUUCCACUCAUUGCUUCUUACCUGUACUUCGUUAAAGUGGCCGGUCCCAGGUGGAUGAAAAACAGAGAACCCUUCGAAAUCACCAACAUCAUACGCGUGUACAACCUCGGCAUGGUGGCUCUCAACGCGAGGUUCCUCUACAUUCUUCUCAAGAAGACGUACCUACCAGGAGGACACUACAGCCUCUGGUGCCAAGGGAUCACCGGAUACAUGGACGAGGAGAUGAAGGGAUACUACGAAGGUGGUUGGUUCUUCGUAGCCGUGAAAUACAUCGACUUUCUGGACACUGUGUUCUUUGUGCUCCGAAAGAAGUUCACGCACAUCACGCAUCUGCACGUCAUCCACCACACCAUCGUUGCACUUAACGUCUGGUACUGGGGUCUGUUCGCUCCGGAGGGACAACCGGCUCUGGGACUCGGCCUUAACGUGUUUGUGCAUAUCGUUAUGUACUCGUAUUACUUUCUAGCAACGUUGGGUCCAAGUGUGCGUAAAUACCUCUGGUGGAAGAAGUACCUCACCAGACUGCAGAUCGCCCAGUUUGUCAUCAUCAUCCUUCAUUUGUCCAUUCCUCUCUACGUAGACUGCGGCUUCCCGAGGUACCUCGUUUACCUGGGAAGCGCUCAGACUUUUCUCAUACUGUGCCUUUUUGUAAACUUUUACAUUCAAGCGUACAUUAGACGAGCAAAUCCUGCCGUGAAGAGUGAACGUGUCGCGAACGGUAGUAAACCCGGCACCUCGAAACAGGACUAGAACUGAAGAUGUUAAGCUUAUUAGUUCGUUAAAGUUUGAUGUCCAGAAAAAGUUUACUGCUCAGUAGCUUCUAUGUUAGCCUACAGAUGAAUGAAAGUGGGAACGACUAGGUUUAGUAAUUGUUUUUUUUUUUUUACUUUUAAUAUUUUUAAGGCAUUUCCAGAAUUAGGAAAGCUCAAAAGAGACAGAAAAUUGCUUAAAUUUAACCAAGGACUACAACUCUGACAGAUACCGAAUUUUAAAAAGGUACUUACAUAAUCUAGUUUGUGAUAUACUCAAAUAAUAUUACAAAGUAUACGGUACAUACUUGAUUGUAUGCGGAUAAAUUUAGUUUUAACAUGGUUUACUUUCCCUUACUGACAGUUAGCGGCAUACUAGUAUAAACCUUUGCAAUUUUUCGGGUCUGCUUGAAAUCAAGCAGUUGUUGGCUACGUAAAUCGUCCAUGUACUGUGAUACAAAUGUGUGUAUGGCAAAGCAGAAAAGAGUUUCGAGGCAUUAAUGGUUAUUUAUUUUUAAACCUGUUUUCCUACUGUAGACAUACUAUACUUGAUAUAGCACCUUGCGAAAGUGGUGAAUGGGAUUGUAAAGUUUUUGUACAGGAUAUUAUGUUAUCACCACAUAUUGGAUUGUUUGCCUAAUUACACGAUCCUACUGUUUGAAUAAAUAUUAUGUUUGAUUCAAAA